GCCUUAAAUGGUUUGUGUUUGAUUUGAGUGAAAGUCUUAUAAGGAGGAGAGCUGAGCAUCAGCUGCACAGUUUCAGACUUCUGUUCUUUUUAACUCCCCCACUGCAGCAUCUCUUCCAUCACUGCUGAGGUUUUGGCUUUCAGAGUCACCGUCAUGACUCCAGCUCUGCUCUUCAUCCUCAUCUUCGCAGUGGCAGAUGUCACUUUGAGUGCACCAGUUGACGAUUAUAAAAACGAUGAGUCAGUGGGUGAUUCUGAAAUCGUUCCAAGACUCAAAGCUGACUUCAACGCAGCUGUGCUGCGGGGUGACAUCGCAGUGCCGAACACUUUGAGCAGGAAUGCAGAUAAAUGCACCGAAAGAGGCUGCAAGUGGCCAAAAUCAGGAAGCUAUGUUUACGUGCCGUACUACAUCUCUAAAACUUUCUCUCAGGAAGAGCGUGAUGUCAUCAUCAGAGGAAUGCAAGGCUUCAACCAAUCCACCUGCAUCCGCCUCAUCCCAUGGAAGCCUGAGGAUCGUGAUUAUAUCUUCAUCGAGUCGAAGGAUGGGUGCUGGUCCUAUGUGGGCCGUCAGAAUGGGGGACAGUACUUGUCCCUGGAGAAAACAGGCUGCGUGCACAAUGAAGUUGUGCAGCAUGAAAUUCUUCAUGCUCUUGGCUUCGACCAUGAGCAGGUCCGGUCCGACCGAGACAGCUACGUCAGGAUCCUCUUUGACAACAUUAAACCCGAUUUUAAAUUUGCUUUCGAAAAGAAGGAGACGAACAACUUGGGGACUCCUUAUGACUUCACCUCUGUCAUGGAGUACAGGAAUGAUGCCUUCUCCAAAAAUGGAAAACCAACCAUCGUUGCCAAGUGUGAUCCAAACCUUAAGUUUGGAAAUUCAAAGAAAAUGAGUGCCAAUGACAUCAUCCGCAUCAACAAACUUUAUGAAUGCACAGGACUUCCUGGGUUGAAGAGGUCAGCCUCCAGGCCUAAACGUCCUAAAAAUUAACAACUUCCCUUCUAGACAUAAACGACAUGCAAUCAGAGAAAUAUAUCACAUCGUUUUAAUGGCUUUUAAUGCAUUUUCCUCUUUCAUAUUUCCUUUAUAUCAUCUAUUCUGUACAAAUUACUAUUAAAGCCAAAGCAUUUGCAUCA